UCAGAUUGUUUUGCUGCGUGGGGGGAGGCGGGUGCGGAUUUCGUCGUGAGGCAGUGGAAGGGCCUCUUGGUCGGUUUUGGGUUCCCUCAGGGGUCCCGGCGAGGAAAUGGACAUCCUCAAGGCGGAAAUUGCGCGGAAGCGGAAACUGAUGGAAGAGAAGGAGCUAGUUGCGGGAAAUAAAAAGUACUUUAAACGCAGUGAGCUAGCCAAGAAGGAAGAGGAGGCAUAUUUUGAAAGAUGUGGCUACAAGCCUGUAAACAAGAAGCCCCCAGGAGAGGUACAACAGGAGGAGAAGGAGGAGGAGACAAAAAUGGCAUCAGCCAAUCCAGUGCUGGAGUUAGAGCUGGCAGAGGAGAAGUUGCCUAUGACUCUCUCUAGGCAAGAGGUCAUUAGGCGGUUGAGAGAAAGGGGUGAACCUGUCAGGCUGUUUGGAGAAACUGAUUAUGAUGCUUUCCAGCGGUUACGGAAGAUCGAAAUUCUAGCACCAGAAGUGAACAAGGGCUUGAGAAAUGACCUGAAGGCUGCUUUGGAUAAGAUUGACCAGCAGUAUCUAAAUGAGCUUGUUGGUGGCCAGGAACAGGGAGAAGAUGACACUCAAAAUGAUCUCAAGGUUCAUGAAGAGAACACCACCAUUGAAGAAUUGGAGGCUUUGGGGAGAUCUCUAGGGCAAGGUGAUGAUCAUAAAGACAUGGAUAUCAUAACCAAAUUCUUGAAGUUCCUUCUUGGAGUCUGGGCCAAGGAGCUGAAUGCCAGAGAAGAUUAUUUGAAACGUGGGGUGCAGGGAAAGCUGAACAGUGCCACUCAGAAGCAGACGGAAUCAUACCUGAGACCUCUGUUCAGGAAACUUCGGAAAAGGACUCUUCCUGCAGACAUCAAAGAAUCAAUAACUGAUAUUAUCAAAUUCAUGCUACAAAGAGAGUAUGUAAAGGCCAACGAUGCCUACCUCCAGAUGGCUAUUGGCAAUGCUCCCUGGCCCAUUGGCGUCACUAUGGUAGGCAUCCAUGCCCGAACUGGCCGAGAAAAGAUUUUCUCAAAGCAUGUGGCCCAUGUGCUGAAUGAUGAAACUCAGAGGAAGUACAUCCAGGGCCUGAAGAGGCUGAUGACCAUUUGCCAGAAGCACUUCUCAACAGACCCGUCCAAAUGUGUGGAGUACAAUGCAUUAUGACGAGUCAUUGUCUUUGCCUGGGAGAGAGGGCUGCUGAGUUGUUGAGGCAUCUCAGAGUGGGCCAAGGGUGGGAGGCUGGAGUUCAUUCAACUCGCCACAUUCAGCUGCACUUUGAUGAACCUCAAGGCCACGUGUUACAGACCUGUAUCAAGAGGCAAUCCAGCAUUAAUGGAGCUGUUUUCUUUCAAUGAACUUUCAGCAGUUCCCAAAAGGUCCAUUCUGUUCUGCUUUUCAGAGUUUGAAUCAGUUGGCUUUAAAAAGUCUGAUCUUGCAGAGUUUGAGGCUCUGUGUCUGAGGUUGCUUGAAGUUGUUGCCUUUCCUUGUAGGGGGGAAACACACUCCUUAUGUAUAUGUUUUCCACAUUGAGUCGGAUCCCACAUAUCCAUUCUGCUAGCAGAAGUGUUUUUCCUUCUAGCAGAAGAAGCCUUCCCCAAAUAAUCUAGGAAUGGACCUGAAGGAUCCAAGCUAUUCUGGUGAAUUGUGUCGAUUCUCUGAAGAGCCUAUGUAUUUUGAGUCUCUUUUUCAGCAGUAAGAGAGGAAACCAAAGUACAGGUUCAAACACUUUUACUCACCCCAGUUAAUGGGAGAAAUCUUCUUGUCCCUGUGAAUUUUUGUGGUGGGAAACCAGCAUGGCAGUUUGCAUUUGAUGUUAUGGAAUGUGUUAGCCUAUAAAAAGUUGUCUACCUUGAUGUCUCUGGGGAGUAUUUUUAAGAUACUGAAAUUUGAUUGGAUAAUUCAUGUUACCAAUGUUCGAUAGUGGUCUUUCACACCUUUUUACUAAGACCAGGAACAUGAUGGACAGUAGAAGAUUCAUGUCUUCUUGUUCUCAAAGAAUGGAAAACAUGGUAUUUUUGAGACCAAACUGCUCUGGAGGGAAAAGCUAAACGUUAUUUGUACAAAAAUGCAUUUUAAUAUGAAAUUAUAUGAAAAAUUGUUGGGGGAAAAAAUCAAUAUUGUUUAAAGGGCUGAUAUCUGUGGGUUUUAUUUUAAUAAAAGAUUGACCAUUCCAGUUA